CUUAUUUAAUUCUAAUGAUUUUUUUAAUUCAUCACGCUUACUUUUUUUUUAACAUGAACCCGUGUAGUGUAGUGUAGUAUACUUUUAUAAAAUUGUUAUGAAAGAUGAACAAGUUUAUCAUAGAUAAUUCUAUUCAACAACUUUUCAAAUAAUUCUAUAUCUUAUUAAUCCCAGGAAGCUUCAAAUGUCAACAUAUAAGAGUUUGAAAUGUCUACUCUUUUCUUCUUUGCUUGUCCCCCUUACCUUGCAACUUCUAUCCGUUGACAAAGACUCCAAAGUCAACCUCACUAAUUCCUUCUCAGAAGUAUUUUAAAACCUGUCCUUCACACCCGAUCUCUUGAUUUGAUUCAAAACAAAGUGAAUGGAUUUCUUGAAGAGAGGAAAAGUGUUCCGGCUAAAAUGCAGUGGGCAAAGUAAGUAUCUGAUAGCUCAUAAGGACGAUGAAACCAUCCAACAAAGCCGGAAUUGCUCCUCCAAAAAAGCCGAAUGGGUGUAUGAGCACGUAGAAGGAAAACCCAAUCUGAUCCGCCUUAGAAACUGCAGCAGCUAUAGAUACUUAGCUGCCACACAAGAUUUAUUUCUUCUUGGUAUGACAGGAGGAAAGGGUUGAACAGACAAUGAGAAUGGGUUCCACUAUAGAUUGGGAGCCCAUCAUAGAAGGGCUUUACAUCAAACUAAAGAGUCAUACAGGUAAAUUGUUAAGAGCCAACAGAGGACCUCCUCCUUGGAGGAAUUCUGUCACCCAUGAUCAGCCUGGUCAUUGGACAUCCACUGAGAAUAUGACAUUGUAGAUUGUCGAUAUUGUCGAGUUCGACUUACAGUCUCUAGAGAAUGGUAAUGAAACUGCUGAUUCUAAUACAUUCAUGGAACAACAUCAAGGGACUAGUACUGAUGCAUCCUUGUCCUGCACUGCAACAGAUCAGGAAGCUUAUUUUUCUCCUAAACAAAGUUUUAAUGAAAAUAGACCUGCUACAGAUCAGGCUUCUGCUCCUCAUAGUAAAAACCUAAGUCCUGCAUCAACGGAAAAUUCUACCCGAGUCUCAACCUUUGUCCAACAUCAUUUGUGCAAUGAAUCUCAGCACUCUGAUUCAUUCGACAAGCUAAAAUCCAUGUUAAGUGGUUUACAAGACUUACUCGAUGAAACACAAGAAAGUGAUACUAAAUUAGAUGCUGGUUCAGAGUUCUCUGCAGAACAGGAACUGACUUCACACCAGCCUCACCAACUUGAAGUUAAGAUGGCAAAACAAACACCCUUUUGUCUUCCGGAAGAGACAAGAAGUUAGAGAAGUCGAUCGAUAUUGUUGUUGCUGAUGCAAAUGUUUCGUUUGAUGGUCAGAUUCCUAAGGAUUUGUCUAAUGUUCAAUACCAAAUAAAGUCUAUGAGGAGUGACCAUAGUUUAGCCUCCCAAGAGUUGAGUGAUUAUACUACAUUUACUAAAAGGAGUGGAGAGAUGAAGACCGAACUUAAGAAGGAUGCUGCUAAGGCUCACGAGCUGGAGAUCUUAGAAGUCAGGUUUAGCAACAUGCUUGAGACAACAAGAGCCAAAAGGGAUGAUUUGUUGAAGCAACUUGAGGAAGUUGAGAAUAACAUCAAGGUUGCAGAAAUUGGUCAGUCAGAUAAUGCAGUGGAGAUUGAAGAGCUUAUUUCUAGAAUAGGGAUAAGAGUCAAAGCUUGAGGGACAGGGAGAGGAAUCAGAGAUCAUGGAAAUUGAAAAAAGCUAAAGCUGAGAGGACUUUGGAGGAUGUAGAACAAGAGUGGCUUAAGGUCAAGAGUUUGCUUCAGGAUCUUUGAUUUUUUGCUUUCUCUUUGUGCUUGUUCAUUUUAAGGAUUCUAGAUGCUUAUUAUAUGUCAUUAAGAUAAGCAAUUUGUGAAAUCAUGUAUUUAAUUAUUGUAAAAUUAUAUGAUAUGUUUGGUGUUUUAGUCUUACUUCUUUUUAUAUUAAUUUUUCCUUUUAGAAAACAUAGGGUGUCUUAAACGGUUUGUAAGUUAAAUAUAAAAAGAAUUAUUUAUUUUAAUUUUGAUAGAGAGAUUAUAAGUACCAUUGUUACAUAGUUGGUUAAAAGAUAGUGAUAUUUGUUGAGAAUUAUGAGGCAACAGAGCAUGGCUAAAAUCUUAAGUUUACGAUGUAUACUAAGGUAUAAAAGUUUAAGUUUAAUUAUAAAUUCUAGUUAUACUAAAGUUUACUUCUUUGAAAAGUUAUUGGCAAGUACUAUAAAAAUACACUGGUGGAAAAAACAUCAAUUGUUGCAUAACAUAUACCGCGGCUGUAACCGCCUCGAAUUAUGAAGGCAAACACUAAUUGGAAUUUAGUAUUAAUCAAGCGGAAGCUUACUUUUGCCAACACAAUUAAGGGGUUACUUAAAGGUCAAACUAAUAUCCACGUAAAAUACUUGAAUCAAACCAAAGCAAUAUAACGGAAGUCUUAACUGUCUAAAAUAUAGGAAAAUUACAACCAAA